AUGUCCACCUACGAAGUCGAACACAACACCUCCGACCCCUCCCUCCCCACACAACCCACCCGCCGCCGCCGCCCCGACCUCUCCACCUUCUUCUCGACCCUCUCGCAGAUCAGCCCCGAUGAAGCGCGCUCCAGACCGCACGCCGUGCCCGUCCCGCGCGACGUCAGCGCAGCCUUCUACUCCCUCGCCGAAGCCCUAGAGAUCAUGCGCCGGGAUUCCGACAGCGGCGGCGGCGUUUCCGCGGGCGGCGGCGACUCCGAGGCCGACGAUCUGCUCUCGCAGAUGAUCCAGACGCUGCUGCAGGAGGCGGAUAUGCCGCCCAAGGAGGUGGAGGGGGUAAGUGAGGAGUUUUGCGAUAUGCUCGACCGCGUGCCCCGGGCAUCGCUGAAGGAGAGCCAGACGUGUCCGAUCUGCAAUAACCCGUUCCUGGAGGAUGAGUAUCCGCUUGUCGUGCGGCUGCCGUGUCACCCGACGCAUCUGUUUGAUCUCGAGUGUAUCCGGCCGUGGCUGCGGCUACGGGGAACGUGUCCGCUUGACCGGACGGAUUUUGCGAAGCAGGAGAGGGAGAAGGCCGAGGCGCGGAGGAAGAAGCCCGUUGAGGAUGAGGAGGAGGAGUGGGAUGGUAUGUAUGGAUAA